GUAAUGUUUUGUUUGCUGCUAAUGUUGUUAGCUAACUAGCAUUAGCUGUAGUUCAUACUGUGUUAACCAGGCGUUUGUUGGUUAGCCUGCGGGUUACUUAGCAGCUGUGUAGGAUUUAAAUCGUUUUAAAGACUUAGUUCAAGCUGCUUUUACUAGCUAAUUAACUAGCUGGUAUAGCCAGUUUGUAGUAAUCUGUGUGUAUGGCUUGUUGGAGUUGACGGAGCUGGGUGGUGUACUGAUGCUUAUUAAAUCCUUUAGUAAUGGGCUUCAGAAGCAACAUGCAUUCUUCAGUAAGGACCUGGAUGUUACUGAUGGUGGCAGCACUAAUCACCCUGCAGCUAACAGCUGAUGCAAUACCAGAAGUGAACGAUGUCCCAGAUGCUGGUCCUACUCAGGAUUUUCAUGACCAGGACUCUGAAGUUCCUGUGGACUCCACUGUAGUGGAAGGACAAUCUGAUGCCCCCAAGGAAGCCCCUCUGCCAAUAGACAGAGGAGAGGAUAGUGAGGAUGAAGCAAUUGAAAAGGAGGACCUUCCCAGCCAACCCCUUCCAGCAGAUGCGAAGCCCAAACAGGUUCCUGUGGUGAUAGGUGGCACAGCCUCUGGGGAGCCGUGCCUGUUUCCCUUUCUAUUUCUGGGCGAGGAGUACUCGGACUGCACUACUGAGGGAAGAGGGGAUGGCAGACUGUGGUGUGCCACCACCUAUGACUACGAGCAAGAUAAGAAGUGGGGCUUCUGUGAAACGGAGGAGCAGUCAGAGCAGAGGAGGCAGGCGGAGGAGGCAGAGGCAGAGUACCAAGCCACCCUCAAACUUAUCAACAGCACCAGCAGAAAGAGCCAUAAAAAAGAGUUUUAUGAAAAACUGUUGAAAGUGGCAGGCAUGGGUCAUGCCAAGGCCAUGGAGAAGGUGGCAUAUGCCAAGCUCUUUGGAGACUACCUGCCUCAGGACAUUCCACAAGCCAAGGAGCUUUUUGAGAAGCUGGCUCUUGAUGGCUCACCCAAAUCGCAAACGGCACUUGGCUUCCUCUAUGCAACUGGGUUAGGUGUGAACUCAAGUCAAGCAAAGGCGUUGGUGUAUUACACAUUUGGAGCACUAGGGGGUAACAUGGUGGCACACAUGAUUUUGGGUUACAGAUACUGGGGAGGUGUUGGAGUUCCACAGAGCUGCGAGUCUGCCCUCACUCACUACCGACUGGUGGCCAAUCAUGUGGCCAGUGACGUGUCUCUGACGGGGGGCAGCGCAGUGCAGAGGAUCAGGCUGCUGGAUGAGGUGGAGAACCCUGGUUCCCAAAGUGGCAUGCUUGAGGAGGAUCUGAUCCAGUACUACCAGUUUCUGGCUGAAAAGGGUGAUGUGCAGGCACAGGUGGGUUUGGGCCAACUGCACUUACACGGAGGCAGAGGAGUAGAGCAAAAUCAUGAGCGAGCCUACGAAUACUUUAACCAAGCUGCUAAUGCAGGCAACACUCAUGCCAUGGCCUUCCUGGGAAAGAUGUACUCUGAGGGAAGCGAGUAUUUGCCCCAGAAUAAUGAGACAGCCCUGCAUUAUUUCAAAAAGGCUUCCGAACAGGGCAACCCGGUUGGUCAGAGUGGGCUUGGCAUGGCUUACCUCUAUGGUAGAGGUGUUCCUGUGAACUAUGAGCUGGCUCUCAAGUACUUCCAGAAAGCCGCAGAACAAGGCUGGGUUGAUGGACAGUUACAGCUAGGAACCAUGUACUACAAUGGCAUCGGAGUAAAACGUGACUAUAAGCAAGCUUUAAAGUUCUUUAAUCUGGCCUCUCAGGCAGGUCACAUUUUGGCCUUCUAUAAUCUAGCACAGAUGCAUGCUACAGGCACCGGAGUCAUGCGCUCCUGCCACACUGCUGUAGAGCUUUUUAAAAACGUGUGUGAGCGAGGUCGCUGGUCGGAACGGCUGAUGAGCGCCUAUGGUAGCUUUAAGGAUGGAGACAUGGACUCGGCUCUGAUUCAGUAUCUGUUGCUGGCUGAACAAGGAUAUGAGGUCGCCCAGAGCAAUGUGGCUUUUAUCCUCGACCAGAAGCAGUCCCGGCUCUUUAGUGAAAAUGAAACCUACCCUCGAGCUCUCCUCCACUGGACCAGAGCAGCUGCCCAAGGUUUUAAUGCAGGUUACACGGUGGCCAGAAUUAAGCUGGGAGAUUAUCAUUUCUAUGGCUACGGCACUGAUGUGGACUAUGAGACUGCAGUGAUCCACUACCGAUUGGCCUCAGAGCAGCAGCACAGUGCCCAGGCCAUGUUCAACUUGGGUUACAUGCAUGAAAAAGGCCUUGGCAUUAAACAGGACAUCCACCUGGCUAAGCGUUUCUAUGACAUGGCUGCAGAGGCCAGUCCCGAUGCCCAGGUCCCCGUGUUCCUCGCCCUGUGUAAGCUGGGGCUCAUCUACACCUUGCAGUACCUGCAGGACUUUAAUCUGAAGGAGCUUCUUUCUCAGGUGGAUCUGGACCAGUUGUUGGGUCCUGAGUGGGAUCUUUACCUCAUGACUGUCAUUGCUCUUCUCCUGGGGACUGUUAUCGCUUACAGGCAGAGACAGCACCAAGCUGUACCAAGAGCUCCACCAGCACCCCCAAGACCAGCAGCACAGCCGGAUCAGGCGGCUCCCGAACCCAACCAAGAGUAAUCAGGACCUAAAGCUGGGUUGCAGUUAAUUAAGAGACAUUCUGACCUGACGAUGGGUGGGCGGGGUCUGAUUUUGCUCUCCAGUACUGCUGUGACAGCUUGAUCUUCACCUCUUGCCAGUAUUAGCAAAGGAAUCUGACUGCUUUCAUAAAGCUCUCCUGUUGGUGUUAGCUGAGGUUGACUGAAGGACAAUGAGAGUUGAAUAGAGAGCGAAGGACUGAUCUUUAACGCGUGUGGCUCAGGGUAUCACAUACUGACGCUUCAUUUAUUAGUGCAAAAAUGCGCGUUCUGAGGGUUCUGAGUAAAUCACAGUACUUUCGCUUUAAUUAGCCACUGUGCUGGAAGCCAUUGACCCGAUUCUGCUGCCACGUUCUCUCUGGUCAAGCUUUUAUGGUUCCAAUAAGAAGAAUUCGAUUCACAGAUUUCUUUUUCCAGUCCCACAAUUUUAUUGAGUAGUAAUUAAAACACACUGGAACUCGAUGUUGAUUAAAAAAAAAAAUCUAUUAGCAUGCUUUUCUUUUGCGUGUUUUCUUAUUCAACAUGGACUGUCAGCAGCAUGUUGGCUUCGCUAACACACUUAAGACACUCUAAUUUAUAUGGGUAAAUUUAUUAUAUUUAAUUAUUUUGCCAUGAAAGUAGUGUAUUUGCUGAUUUCUGGAAGGCUGUAGUCGAAUAAAUACCGCAAACUCUUUAA